AUGGCGGCCCCUGAUGGCCCGCCGCCCAUGGCAGCCCCGGCCAGGUCCUUCGCCGAUCUCAUCUCUGCAGUGCCUCAACCACUACCGGAGAUGGAGGUCCCUUUCCAUCAGCCAAAAACCAUCGACGGUGAACUGGUUUUCACGUUUUCAGUGGAGGAGAUUGAGAAACUUGCACAGCCGUUUCUGUUUUCCAUUGUUCUGAAAUUCCUCCGGCAAAGGCCAUCUUUAGAUGCAGUUAGAGCCUUCAUCCGAAAUCAGUGGGGGUUGUCCAGCAUGCCUAUCGUUUCAGCGAUGCAGCGUCCACGCCAUGUCUUCGUUCGGAUGGCUAACGAGAUGGACUUCAAUAAGGCCCUGUCCAGAGAAUCUUGUGAGGUAAAUGGCAUCUUCUACCGGCCUUUUGCAUGGACACCAAAAUUUGAUGAAGACUAUGAACCACCGUGUGUACCGGUUUGGGUGUUCUUGCCUGGGCUUCCACCGAGUUUUUACCAGCCUUCAGUUUUAAAGAUGAUCACAGCUCCCAUUGGCAGGUUUAUUAGAUGUGAUAAUUCCACUACGUGUGCUACGCGUACAGAUGGUGCUCGGAUAUGUCUGGAAGUAGACUCUUCAAAGGCUCCGAUUAAUUACUUUUGGAUCCGUAAGCCUGGGGUCCCGAGAAGUAGACGGCAGGAGAUUAUUUUCAAGACGUUGCCGGCAUAUUGCUCCAGAUGUAAAUGUCAAGGACACAAUGCUCAAACUUGCUGCAAGGAUUCCGAUCAGAAGAAGCAGACGAAAGCCUCAAAGAAAUGGGUAAAAAUAGAUGUGAAGCCUUCGGAAGAUAGGGUGACCGAUCCUGUGAUUUCGUGCAAUGCCGAGAAAGAGAUGCAACAGGAAGUUUUGGUGCAUCAGGAAGUUGCUGCAGUGGUCGAGAGUCCCCUUACGUUGAAGGUUGACCUUGGUGGGAAGGAGGUCUUGGAUGAUGCAACUGGAAAUGGGAACGUUGAUAGCAUGGAGGUGCAGCGUACUCAGGUGCACCAGCAUGAAAAAGCCACGGUUUAUGUAGGGGAGCCGAGUUCCUAUAAGGAUCAAGAGUUGGAGCAUGGUGUGGGUUUGAUGAGGGAAACGUGUGUGGCGAAAGGUGCUGGUUCGGUUUUGGGUAUCACAGAUAAGGAAGGGAGGUCUAACGAUAUUCCUCUUUUUCAAGUCACGGAACUUAUGGAGGAUGGGUCCAGUUUGCAUGAUGAGAAUAUGUUACAGGAGAAAGAUGACGAGAAUGUGGAUAACUUGAUCUCUACCGGAUGCAAUGAUGAGGGCAAUAAAGAGUUGGCUGCUGAAACACAAUCGGAUCAUGAAGUUGAGAGAGUCUCUAUGAAAGAGGAUAUGCAAAAAGAUUAUUCCACGGACUCGGAAGACAUGACUAAAAAUGCAGUUGAGGAGAACGGGUUUGUUUUUAUUCUCACUAUCGUCUAUGCUAAGUGCAACCCUGUUGAAAGGAAGAAUCUUUGGGAAGAUCUGGUUGAGAUGAGUAAUGGAAAUCUUCCGUGGAUUCUCUGCGGCGAUUUCAACAUCAUAAGAGAGGAUUCGGAACGACGGGGGGGACUCCCUCGACCUUUUAAUGCUAUGGGGGAUUUCAAUAUUUGCCUUCAAAACUGCGGGGUUAUGGAUAUGAGAUCACAAGGCGCGUUGAUGACCUGGUGUAAUGGCCAAAGCGGCUUGGCUCGUAGUUGGGCAAGGUUAGAUCGUUGCUUUCUUAAUUCUAAUUUUCUUAAUUGUUUUCCUAACGUCUUUUCUCAGGUUUUGUCUCGUUCUACCUCUGAUCACUCUCCUUUAGUGAUUCAAAUAGGUGAGGACCCGUUCAGGUAUGGGCCUAGCCCUUUUCGUUUCCAAUUUAUGUGGACUGACCAUGCAUAUUUCCUUAGUUUCGUGGAGGGGAAUUGGAAUCAAGAUGGGCUUGGUUCUGGUCUUUUUAAGUUAUCCUUUACGCUUAAAAGACUUAAGGUGGCACUUAGGGAUUGGAAUCAACGUGUUUUUGGGAGAACAGAUGUGAUUAUCAAAGAUAUUGAGCAGCGCAUUGAUCGCCUGGAUAAUAGCCUUCAGAACUCUUAUUCUAUUGAGGAUGAUAAUGAUCUCUUGGCUGCCAAUUUGGAACUCUUAACUUGGAAGGGUCGGGAAAACAUUCGUCUGUCUCAUAUGGCUAAGAAAAGAUGGUUGAUAGAUGGGGAUAAUAAUUCAAAAUUUUUCCAUGCUUAUUUGAAUGCUAAAAAUCAUAAGAGGGUUACUGAUAUGUUUCUUGCAGAUGGUACUCAUUUAAAUAACCCUCUUGAGAUUCAUAAGGCCGCUGUUGAGUAUUUUAAGCAGUUUUUGGGUGAGAAUAGCCAUUGUGAGUUUUCCAGUUUUCAGGAUUUGAUUUCCCCAGUGAUUACCGCGGAUGAGAAUUUGAUGCUUUGUAGUUCUCCUUCGAUGGAUGAAAUUAAGGAUGCUUUGUUCAGUAUUCCUAUUGACAGUAGCCUAGGUCCGGAUGGUUUUGGUUCCGGUUUCUUUAGGUCCUGCUGGGAGAUUGUUAAAGCAAAUCUUUUGGAGGCGGUUUCUGAGUUCUUUCAACAUCAGCUGCUCCCUAGAUAUUAUUCAGCGUCUUUUAUUGUUCUUAUCCCAAAGGUGGAAUCUCCUACAGGUUUUGACAAGUUUAGGCCUAUCAGCUUGUGCUCUGUGGUUUAUAAGAUCUGUGCGAAAAUUUUGGUGGGCCGCCUCACGAAUGUGCUUCCUAAGAUGAUCUCCCAAGAGCAAGGGGCCUUUAUUCCUGGUCGUAGCAUUUUUGAAAAUAUAAGUCUUACACAGGAAAUGGUCCAUUCUAUUAAUAAAACCACUAUAGGGGGUAAUGUCUUGGUUAAGCUUGAUAUGUCCAAGGCUUAUGAUAGAGUUAAUUGGAGGUUCCUUAUUCAGGUUCUGGAGUCCUUUGGGUUUUCUCCUCAGUUUUGCGCUUUGAUAAACCUUUGUAUUUCCUCACCUUGGUAUUCUAUUAUGAUGAAUGGUACUUCCUUGGGUUUCUUUAAGGGCGAGCGUGGUCUGAGGCAGGGUGAUCCGCUGUCUCCUUACUUAUUUGUCAUUAUGCAGGAGACACUAUCUCGGUUGCUCAAGAAUGCUUUUGAGAAUGGUAAAAUUGGCAAGUUUUCUCAAGCUAGAGGUACGCCUUUUGUUUCCCACCUUAUGUAUGCGGAUGAUAUUAUUAUUUUCUCUAAUGGUGGGAAGAAGUCUAUGAGAGGGUUGAUGGAGGUGCUUAAUCUUUAUGAGAAGUGGACAGAAGGAUCUUUUCCCUUUAAAUAUCUGGGAGUUCCUAUUGUGAUGGGUCGUUUGAAGGUUUAUGAUUUUGGUGAUCUGAUUGGUAAAUUUAAUAAAAAAGUUGUAGGGUGGAAAAUGAAAUUGAUUUCUACUGGGGGUUGUGUUAUUCUUUUACGUCAUGUUUUAUCGAGCAUGGCAACUCAUCUCAUGGUCGUCCUUCAGGUUCCCCAUGGUGUUUAUGUGGCGUUGAACAGGAUUAUGAGCUCCUUUUUUUGGGGUGAUCUUGAGGGGAGAGGAAAGAGGAAGUGGGUGGCUUGGAAAAAUAUUUGUCAUCCUACGGAGGAAGGCGGUUUGGGUAUUCGGGAUUUUGAGGAGAUUCAGAGGGCCUUACAUAUGAAAUUUGCUUGGCAUUUAAUUCAGGGGCAUUCUUUAUGGGCAGAAUUUUUCAGAGGUAAGUAUGUGAAAGGUAGUCACUUAUCCCUUUUGAACCCUACUAAAGGAACUAGGUUUUGGAAAGCCAUUGUGCAUUGCAUCCCGGAGGUUUUAAAUAAUUCUAAGUGGCUGGUGAGAGAAGGUAAUGUUUCUUUUUGGUAUGAUAAUUGGGCAGAUGGGGGUCCUAUUGGUGAUCAUUUUCCAGUUCUUGAGAGACCUUUGCUUCGAGUCAAAGAGUGUCGGCUUGAUAAUGGUUGGGAUACCUCUCUUUUGGAAAGACUAGUUGGUUCACAAAAAGCCGAAGAUCUGUUUCAGUUUUUGGCGACUAGGAAGGAUGGUCAGGAUAUCCUUAUUUGGAUGAGGGAUAAUAAUGGGGAGUUUAACACUAGAAGUGCUUGGGAUUGUAUCCGUGUGAGAGCUCCUUCGUUACCUUGGGCAAAUUGGAUUUGGCAUACUCAUAUACCCAAGAAAAUUUCUAUUAUGAUGUGGAAGGCGUACCAUAAUUGUUUGAGUGUGGAUGAGAAGAUUAAGAAUAUUGGCAUUCCUGUUGUUUCUAAAUGUAAUUGUUAUGCUAGGGGACAUAUGGAGGAUUUAAAUCACGUUCUCUGUACAGGCGAUUUUGCCAGAUGUAUUUGGAGGUUGGCAACGACCCAUCUAGGUGUUCAUAUGGGUGUUUUCAAUACUUGGAAGGAGCAAAUUAAUUUCUGGUUUCGGCGUGCUGGUAAGUCCUCUCAGUUAAGGUUUAUCUUUGGCAUUCUUCCUUCUAUUGUUUCUUGGAGGCUUUAG